AUGACAUUCGGAACCCCCCGCGGCCGGGAGGCCCUCUCUCUCAGCAUUGCAUUUACCACAUUGGCCACUGUUUUCACAAUUAUUCGAAUUUACACCCGAAUAUUCCUGGUGAAGCAGAUGGGCGCCGAUGAUUGGGCUAUCAUUGUGGCUCUGGCCUUUAGUUGGGCCUUUUUCGGUCUGUUUAUAGGAGAGGUCAAGUAUCUCAUGGGAGAGCACUACAAGGAAAUCCCGCCAGACAUCCUUGUCAAACAAAUGAAGUGUUUCUGGGCAACGAUACCCUUGUAUCAAGCGAGUCUGCUUACUACCAAAGCCUCGAUUCUUCUACAAUACAAACGAGUUUUCUCGACACCGCGCAUGCGUUUCGCCUGUUGGUGCUUGAUUGGAUUUUUGGCCGCGUACGGAUCGUGGACAUUCAUCAGUGCCUGGGUUACUUGCGUACCUGUGUCCAAGUUUUGGCAUGAAGAGCAGCAUGGGUAUUGUCUUGACAAAAAAGCCCUUUGGUUCUCCAACUCGGCAAUCCACAUUUUCACGGAUAUCCUGAUUUUGGUAUUCCCCAUGCCAUCGCUCAAGAACCUGCAACUCCCCCGACGCCAAAGGUACGCCCUUAUGGCCGUCUUUGCCCUGGGUUCAUUUGUCUUGAUAACGAGCAUUCUCAGACUGAAAAGUCUCAUGGUCAUCUCCAACUCGUCUGAUCCAACUUAUGAUAACCCAGGCGCUGCCAAGUGGUCCGCCAUUGAAUGCAACGUCGCCAUUAUCUGCGCCUGCCUCCCUGGCAUCCGUGCCUUUAUCUCCAAGCUCCUCCCUCGCUUCCUCUCCAGCUACAAGAGCAAGAGCAACACCCGCACCAGGACCCAACGCAGCCAUGUUACCCACUUCUCCAACUUCCAUUCUUCCAUCGCUGACCGCCAGUCCAAAUUCCACAUGCAGUCUGUCAGCCACGGCCCGGAGGGCGGCGACUACAAGGCUAGCGGUUUCGAGGAAGGCACUUCGAAUAAGAUCAAAGUCACCACCAUUGUGUCACAGGAAUCCGUGUCGAAUGAUGCUUCGAGUGUGCGGCAGUUAUUAUAA